GCAAGAUGAAUAGUGAUCACGUUACCCUGGUGGGUCAAGUAUUUGAGUCCUAUGUUUCAGAAUACCACAAGAAUGAUAUUAUUCUAAUCUUGAAGGAAAGAGAUGAAGAUGCUCAUUACCCAGUUGUGAUUAAUGCCAUGACCCUCUUUGAAACCAACAUGGAGAUUGGGGAAUACUUCAAUGCAUUCCCCAAUGAAGUACUAACGAUCUUUGAUAGUGCGUUGCAAAGGUCUGCCUUGACAAUUCUGGAGUCCUUCUCUCAGCCUGAAGAUGUCUCCAUGAAGCAAAAUCUUCAUGCCAGAAUAUCAGGUUUGCCUAUCUGUCCUGAGCUGGUGAGGGAGCACAUCCCUAAAACCAAGGAUGUUGGACACUUUUUAUCUGUCACUGGAACAGUGAUUCGAACGAGUCUUGUGAAAGUCCUGGAGUUUGAGCGGGAUUACAUGUGUAACAAAUGCAAGCAUGUAUUUGUAGUCAAAGCUGACUUUGAACAGUAUUACACCUUCUGCAGGCCAUCUUUGUGUCCCAGCUUGGAGAGCUGUGAUUCCUCAAAAUUCACUUGCCUUUCAGGUUUAUCUUCAUCUCCAGCCAUGUGUAGAGAUUACCAGGAAAUCAAGAUUCAGGAACAGGUUCAAAGGCUAUCUGUUGGAAGUAUUCCACGAUCUAUGAAGGUUAUCCUGGAAGAUGAUUUAGUAGACAGUUGCAAAUCUGGUGAUGACCUCACUGUUUAUGGGGUCGUAAUGCAACGGUGGAAGCCUUUUCAGCAAGAUGCACGUUGUGAAGUGGAGAUAGUCCUGAAGGCCAAUUAUGUCCAAGUAAAUAAUGAGCAGUCCAUGGGAACCAUCAUGGAUGAGGAGGCCCGAAAGGAAUUUGAAGAUUUUUGGGAAAACUUUAAGAGUGAUCCCUUCGCAGGAAGGAAUGAAAUACUGGCCAGCUUGUGCCCUCAAGUUUUUGGGAUGUAUCUAGUAAAGCUUGCUGUAGCUUUGGUGCUAGCAGGUGGGAUUCAAAGGACUGAUGCUACAGGGACACGUGUCAGAGGCGAAUCACAUCUUUUAUUGGUUGGGGAUCCUGGCACAGGGAAAUCUCAGUUCCUCAAAUAUGCAGCUAAGAUUACACCAAGAUCUGUCCUUACCACAGGAAUUGGAUCUACAAGUGCAGGUCUGACCGUAACUGCUGUGAAAGACUCAGGAGAAUGGAAUUUGGAGGCUGGAGCAUUAGUGCUUGCUGAUUCGGGUCUUUGCUGUAUCGAUGAGUUUAACAGCCUCAAGGAGCAUGAUAGAACCAGUAUCCAUGAGGCAAUGGAGCAACAAACCAUAAGUGUUGCUAAGGCUGGUCUCGUGUGCAAGCUGAACACAAGGACCACCAUACUGGCAGCUACUAACCCUAAAGGGCAGUAUGACCCCCAUGAGUCUGUGUCUGUGAACAUCGCACUUGGUAGCCCACUCUUAAGUCGCUUUGACCUGAUUCUGGUUUUGCUUGAUACCAAGAAUGAAGACUGGGAUCGUGUAAUAUCCUCCUUUAUCUUAGAAAACAAAGAUUACCCAAGCAAAUCAGAGAAACUUUGGAGCAUGGAAAAGAUGAAAGCCUACUUCUGCCUCAUUAGGAAUCUACAACCAACACUGUCUGAUGUGGGUAAUCAAGUUCUUCUCCGGUACUACCAGAUGCAACGGCAGAGUGACUCCCGGAAUGCAGCCCGGACAACUAUCCGCCUGUUGGAAAGCUUGAUACGAUUAGCAGAAGCUCAUGCUCGCCUGAUGUUCCGUGAUACUGUAACUUUGGAAGAUGCUAUCACCGUAGUGUCAGUGAUGGAGUCCUCAAUGCAGGGAGGUGCACUGCUAGGAGGUGUGAAUGCGCUCCAUACUUCCUUUCCUGAGAACCCUUUGGAGCAGUACCAGAGGCAAUGUGAACUGAUUCUGGAGAAGUUAGGGCUGCAGAGCCUCUUGAGUGAAGAGCUAAGAAGACUUGAAAGGUUACAGAACCAGAGUGUGCCCCAAUCCCAGCUGUGGCCAGUGGAGGCAGAGACGUCUGCAGGGGCCUUGAGAGCCUACCAAGGAGAGGAAUCCAAGUUGACAACUUCUACACAGCAGGAAACCGGUUGUGAAAUGCAUACCCCCUCUACUGGAGGCAGUCCUGGAGGAAUCCCACUUCUAGAUCCCCCGUCUUCUCCAGGGCCUACUAGGUCAAUAAGUAGAAACCAUUCAGCUGAGCCCCCAAGCAGCAGGGAUAACAGUUUAGACUGGUUUGACUCCAUGGCAGUUCCUGAGAUUGAGCUUAAGAACACUGUUCAUAUGCCUUCCAGUCCCAAAACAAUUGAGGAAAAAAUGGCUUUGAAAAUCUCCCACAGGAAAUCUCAGAGUAAGGAAAAGAGUGGGCCCAGCAGAAGGAGCAAAUCAGAAGCUGGACAACUUCCAGCACCAGGAGAGACAGGGACACCAUUGAGGCCACACAAAACUUUCCAUGAUAAAGUUGAAAGUCCCAAAAUAUCAGCAAUGGUUUCUGAAGUGUCAGUACCUGCUGAAGAGCCAGACUCAGUACUAACUCUUCAUGUCCUUGAGAAACGACACCAGCUGUGUAAGGAGAGGGCCCAGGAGCAAUGCAGAAAUCCUGCCGGGCAGCUGUCGCAGCCCUCAAGCCCAUCUCAUCGUCUGUCCACUCCCGGCCAGAGCCAAGAAAGGACACUGGAGACUCCCAAAAGAAAGAGACAGAAAUCCCUUGAUCAAGUGAAAGAACCCAAACUUGAAGGUGUUGAGAGUUCAGGUCCCCCUGUGGCCAAACUGGCAAAAUUUACUUUCAAACAGAAGUCAAAGCUGAUGCACUCCCCUGGGGACCACAGCCAUGGGUCUCCGAGUACCACUCAAAUAGCAGUUCAGAGUCCUAAAGUGCACCAUCCUAAGGCAAGAAGAGAAGCAGCUCUGUCUGUGAAGGAUCCAGAAAAGUUGAGCUCUGCCCUAGGAAACAGAAGCUUGGGUCAGUUGCAGAGUUUAACAAAGGAGGUGUCACAGCAGCCAGCAAAGAAAGAUGGAUCAAGAGAGAAGAGAGAAUGUGCCCCUAAAAAGAGAGUUAUUCCACCUGAACUUGGGAACCAGACUGGGCAUUCUCAUCCAACUUGUGAGAGAGAGAAGAAGGAAGAGGAUUCACACAAAAACAAAAGCAGUAGGGUCCAUGCUUGCACAUUAGCCAAAUUGGCAAACUUUUCCUUCACUUCCCCCUCUGAAUCCAAAUCACAACCCCCUCUUCCACCUGAAAGUAAGAACAGCAUUAAGAGAAACCCAAGCCCUCCUACAACUGCAGCCACAAUGCUUGGCAGUAAAAGGAAAACUUUUCAGUUAGAGAGAUUCACUGACAAACAGAUAACUUCCAGAAAGUCUCUCUUUACUUUACCAGAACUAGAUGAUGAUGCAUUUGAUUUUGACUGGGAUGAAGAGCUAGGAAAAAAACCAUAA